CGUUACUUUCCGCCCAAGGCUGAAGAUGCCACGAUCCUUCCUGGUCAAGAAACACUUCAACUCCUCCAAAAAGCCCAACUAUGGAGAGCUGGACAACCACACAGUGAUCAUCUCUCCAUUCCUGUAUGAAAGAUACCCGGUGUCAGUGAUCCCCCAAGCAGACAUCCUCAGCACAGUUGCCUACAGCCCUAUCACAGUGUGGACUAGCCUGCUUCCUCCUCCCCUGCCCAGUGACCUGUCACCCCUGUCAGGAUAUCCUUCAUCUCUGGGACGUGUCAGUCCUCCUCCCCAAUCGGAUGGCUCAUCCAAAGACCACAGCGGCUCCGAGAGCCCCAUCAGCGAUGAGGAGGAGAGGAUCCAGUCCAAACUUUCUGACCCCCAUGCCAUAGAAGUGGAAAAGUUUCAGUGCAGCUUAUGCAGUAAGACAUACUCCACAUUCUCUGGGCUGGCCAAGCACAAGCAACUGCACUGCGAUGCUCAAUCUAGGAAAUCAUUCAGCUGUAAAUACUGUGAAAAGGAGUAUGUGAGCCUGGGAGCACUAAAGAUGCACAUCAGGACCCACACAUUACCCUGUGUGUGCAAGAUUUGUGGAAAGGCUUUCUCCAGACCCUGGUUGUUGCAAGGACACAUCAGAACUCACACAGGAGAAAAGCCCUUCUCAUGCCCACAUUGCAAUAGAGCUUUCGCAGACAGGUCGAACUUAAGAGCCCAUUUGCAAACCCAUUCAGAUGUGAAGAAAUAUCAAUGCAAAAGUUGUUCCAAAACUUUUUCCAGAAUGUCUCUACUGCACAAGCACGAGGAGUCUGGCUGCUGUGUAGCACACUGACACUCAGCAGUCUACACAUGAGUGCGCACUGACACAUCAGUCCGGACUUGACAAGCUAAUUCAGGGUUCCUUCUACACAGCCUGGGGACAAUCCUAAGGUAUUUUACCUCUGCGGAUGCCAAAGAAUCAAGCCAAAUUGGUUUUUACCAUGGAUUUGAAAUUCUGAAAGACGGACAGCACCUUUCAACAUUGAAGCAAAAGGCCUAUAAACAUCAGAUUUAUAUGACGUUUCAGAGCAUGCAUACAGAGUCAAAAAUCAAAUUCUUGCCUAAGCCAUUUCAGCCGGAUAGUAUUUUCUUUCACAGUGCCUUAAUAGUUAUUCAUUAAUUAUUCAGGAUCUCAGGUGCCUUUUCAGUCACAAUUGUUUUAUAUUUUCACUGUUUUUGCUAUGACAAUGAACAUUUAUAAGACUUUGCUUCAAUGCACAUGACCAAACCCAAAUGAUGAGGACAAAUUCAGAAGUUCUGACUUAAAGGAAUCGUGCCUUGAGAAACGAAGCCUUUUACCUUUUCUGCACAGCAAAAAAACUUUUGAUAUUUUAAAUUUUUUUAAUGGGAGCAAGUGCAAAACUGAGGGGUUAUGGGAGGGUGAAGUUGUAGAUAUUGAAGUGCACAAAGAAAAUGCCUUGUACAUUUUCAACAGUCUCUGCA